GACGUGUGAAGUGUGAACGUGUGAAACGGUGUUUACUCCGGAGUCUCCGGAAUAUGUUAACCGGUUCUCGAAGCUCGAUUUCAAUGCGAAAUAUCGCGAAAGAGAAACUAUGAUCAUGGUUGAUCAACUUGUGUUACAUAGGUUAUCUCCUUGGUCGUUCGGAUUCCUCUCUUUUUUUCUCUUUUUUCCCUUAAAUGGAAGAAACUGUGCCCGAUUCACCGAAAUCACAAUCAGGGGAAAACAAUUGUAUUAAUGAGUCAAACGUCGAUGCGGUCUACAGUGAAAAUGACAAGGAACGUCAUGGAGAGUGCACGCCGCAACAGUCUGAGAAAUGUAUCAACAAUUCUAUUUUCAAUACCAUUUCCAAGAUCGUUAACCCCACUACAAAGGUGCCAGAUAUACAGGAUUUUAAGAUAGUAAAGCCGAUAAGCAGAGGAGCAUUUGGUAAAGUAUUUUUAGGGUACAAGAAGACCAAUUCCGAGCAAGUAUAUGCAGUUAAAGUAAUGAAGAAGAACGAGAUGAUAAAUAAAAAUAUGGCGUCGCAAGUGGUAAUUGAGCGAAAUGCAUUAGCUCUGACUCGUAGUCCGUAUUGUGUACAACUCUUUUAUUCGCUGCAGUCCAUCAGCAGUGUGUAUCUAGUCAUGGAGUACAUGGUGGGUGGUGAUCUCAAGAGUCUGCUUGGCGUUUACGGUUUUAUGGAGGAAUCUAUGGCGGCAUUUUACACAGCAGAAGUUUGUCUAGCACUUGAAUAUCUUCACUCGCACGGUAUUGUGCACAGAGAUCUCAAACCAGACAACAUGCUUCUCUCACGCGAAGGACACGUCAAGCUUACGGACUUUGGGCUCAGUAAAAUAUCAUCCUUGCACAGGGAUCUCGAAAUAUCAGAUCUAGUGAACCCCAUGACUCCGAGCUUGUGCACCAGGACACCUGGCCAGCUGCUCUCACUGACGUCCCACUUGUCCUUCGGUUCUGGCCAAAAAUCUACCAACGAAUCAAAUUUCAGUGACAGAAGUACACCAGCCAUGAAUUUACUCUCCGCUCUACAAAGGAAUUGCAAUCUUAAAUCCGCAGAGCAUAUGUCACCGACUUCGGUCAUAUCCUCUGUCGCAUCUGGAGAUUAUUCCCGAAUAUCUGGCGUCACACCUUUUCAUUCGGCGGAGGAUCUGCACUUCGAGCAAAGUCACGAAGAACAAAGUAUAGAAGAGGACGAAACAACCAUUGAAAAGCGCGAUAAUGGUGUGGAUAGCUCUAGCAGUUACCAUACCUGCGAGGCAUCCUCUACACAAACAAAUAAUUAUAUCGAUCAGACUAUAGAGGAGGAAGAGGGAGAGAAGGACGAAUCUACGAUCGAGGCCGAGAAAUCGCAUCAUCGAUCUCUUGUACAUACUAGUCCUGUAAGCACUUGCACAAAUUCAUUCGUGAUUCGAGGAUCAAAAAAAAGGAAGCGAGACGGCGCAAGUUCAACGGGUUUAACAUGCGAAAUCGACGCAAUAGACUUGGAUGUCGUCAAAACACCCAAGAGAAACAAUCGUGACUGUAUAUUUCCUUAUACAAGUCCAACAAUCAAUGUUAUCUCCACAAAAGCUGCGGAUAUUACUGUUGAUUUAGUGGAAAACGAUGGAAACAGGACACCGAAUCAGGACACUGAGCAGAAUACUGGCUCGGCGGGUAGGGUAGCUUUCAGUACGCCAGUAUCCUCCACUAGGCAAAGAGAUCACAAAAAUGAGAAACAGCAAAAAUAUGAGGAAGAGGAUGACGCGAAGAAUUUAAUCAAGACGAGAUUUCGCUUACCACCUCCACAUUCCGUUCAUGAUUCGCACACGGAUUCGGAUAACACAUCCGAGGGUCAUCGGUCGCCCCAGGGUAUUUCACCCAUUAAGACACCCGCAACUUCUGGCAACUGUUACACACCUUAUAGAACACCCAAAUCCGUUAGAAGGGGCGGUCAGGGUGGUGCCAAUAGAUCGGACGACCGCAUACUCGGCACACCCGAUUAUCUCGCCCCAGAAUUAUUACUUAAACAAGGUCAUGGACCAGCCGUGGACUGGUGGGCACUAGGUGUUUGUUUGUACGAGUUUUGUACGGGCUUGCCACCAUUUAACGACGAAACGCCGCAAGCGGUAUUCACAAACAUUCUUGCGCGCGACGUUCCAUGGCCUGAAGAUGAGGAAGCUCUGUCGUCGGCGGCAACCAGUGCUAUCGAUGCGUUGCUCACCUUGGACCAAGCUUCUCGUCCCAUGGCGAAGGAGGUGCGUACCAUGACUCUGUUCCGCGACUUUCCUUGGGACGAACCGUCGAAAGCGGUGCCCCCGUUCAUUCCGCAACCGGACGAUAAGUAUGAUACGUGCUAUUUUCAGACACGGAAUACUAUGCAACAAUUAAAUGUAAGUAAUUGCGAUACAUAGUCUUCAGCGUAUCGCAAGCAGACGUGGCAAAAACAGAAGCCUAUAAUGUCCAAGUCGUUACU